AGGAGCGAUAAAUAUUUUUGUUUUUCGAAAACUUUAACUUGUGUUAACCAGGAAGAGAAUAGCAGCAGAUUGUUAUUAUGUGUGUAUUAUUAUGAUAGUUUAAACAAUGUGUAUUAUAAGAUAGUUAUAUUCGAACGGAAAUGGUUUAAUCUUGCAGACAAUUAUGUAAACUUCAUGCAAGUUUUGGAUGAAAGAAGUUAAACAAUGUCAGAACUACAAGAGCGGUGUGUGUUGUUGAAGAACUUACCCCAUACAUGUGAAGAACGUGCAGUUAGAGACACACUUGAUUUCGCUCAUGGUGACUUCCGGUAUACUGGCAAAUACGAGAAACUUCACAGACAUAUUGAAUUUGGUGAUGAUGUCAGAUGGAUUGUUCUCUUUUACUCAAAGGAAGAUGCUAGUGAAUGUAUAAAGAGCGGUCCCUGGGUGAGUGAUGCUAUCAGGGGAGGAUGUAAGGUACUACCAGAUCUUUGUUCCGGAUGUAUUAUACCCGAUGAAUGGUCCGAGGAAACACCUGGAGAUGGAGACUGGGAUAUGGGCGACAGUUUCAGGACGCGGGACUGUAAUACUGACACCUCAGAUGAAUUCAUUAAUUCCUUUGUCAAUGUUAAGUCUUACAAAUAUGAAAGUGAUACAGAUAGUGGUGAUGACAUUCAUGAGCAAGAUGUAGCAAAUGCUAAUCGUGAGACUGAUGGACUUGAUGACGCUUUAAAUCUUACUGUGAAAUUUCAGAAUGAGUUUGAAACUUUGAUUACAGAAAUCGAUUCAUCUGAUCAGUUUGAUAGCGGAAAAUCCAACGAAGCAGCUGACGAAGUCAAAGAUGAAUUAAAUUUAGAAAAUACUUCAAGGAAUGUCAGUCCAAUUGGAGAAGAUCGAAUACCUACAAGUGAGUUAUUUGGCAGUGGUAUUGAAGAAUUGAAAGAAAAGGAAAUAGAUGAAAUUACGAUAACUAAAUCUAAAGAGGAUAUUGAUAAAACUGUCACUAAAGGGACCACUGGAGGUACAAUAGAUAUUGAUCGUGAUACAAGAAAACCGGAUAGAAAGUCAUUUGAUAGUGACAGAGAUUUAUACACGAAAGCAGAUAAAACAUCUCUUAUAUUGGAAAGCACGAAAACAAAGUCAAAGUCUAAAUCAGGACAUGAAGGAAAUGAGUAUUAUGAUGAUGAAAAAGUUAGUAGUGUAUCAUCAAGUGAAUUGUUUGAAAGCGGUGAUAAAGUAUCAAAGGACAAUAUGCAGGGACCUGAUGAUCUGUUUGACAAAACAAAAAGUAACAAUGCUAAAAAACAAGCAGAGAACAGGAAAGAAAUCACUUUCGAUGAAACACAUGUUAGUCCUACCCAUUCAGAGACCAAAACAGAUGCUGAAAAGUCUAAAAAAGCAAUGAGUGCAUCAGUGAGAUCAGUAGAUUUGUUUGGAAGUGGACAUGAAUCAAUGGAGUUUCAUAACAUGGAAAAACAGGAUCAUUUUGAAGAAGCAAAUAGAGAACAAGGAGCUGUGAAUAAGGAAACUGAUAAUGAAACCGAUGAAACAAAGUCAGAAGCUUCAAAGGAACAACCAGUGACCACUAAUUUAGAAACUGGUGGUGGUGUUCAAGCAGGUAGUGGUAUAAAUCAAGGGGGACCGUAUCCUUUCCAGGGAGGUCCAUAUCCUUACCAGACAGGACAGUAUCCUUACCAGGGAGUACCAUAUCCUUACUUUGGAACAAUGUUUCCAAAUUCUCAUGGCGCAUCGAAUGCGACAUAUGAAUCUAACAUGACCAUGAUGGGACAGAGACAACCUCAACCAAAUGAUACAUCACCAGGAACUCCAGGCAGUGCAUGUAACAUGAACCAAAUGCACCCGAUGUACCAAAUGCAUCCCCAAUGGCCGAUGCCAAUGCCUGUCCAAGUAAAUGAUAAAGGACAGCCUAUAUAUCCUAUACCUUUUCCUGGUAUGAUGCAACAAAUGCAAAUAGAUGAAAAGGGCAACCCAAUACAAAACUAUCCUGGUAUGCCGUUCUAUUAUAUACCAUACAUUCCAAAACAACAACCUUUCCCCACACCAGGUCUCCAACAGUCAACCGAAGAGAAAAACCAAGCUAUAGAUGAGGGACAUUCAGUCCAUGCUCCUCUUUAUACUGAACCAAAUAAUGUGGAAACUAACAUCAAAACAAAGGAUGGGUCAAAACCAUUGAAAUAUGAUUGUUCUAAAAGUUUGAAUGAAACAGAAAAGUAUGUUUAUGAUGUCCCCUACAGUAAUCAUCGUGGGCUGGCCAGACAAACAUCAGCAAGUGAUACACUUGGCAAUACAGAGGAUAUUAGACCGUACAGUCUUGCAAGAGAAAUCAAGACAGAUAUUGCCUCUGAUAAGGAAUCAGACAACAUGGAACGGAAGAUUACACAGUUGGAAAAAAAUGUGUAUAAGGAAGAAAAUAUUUAUGAUGUUAUUGAUGAGGAGAAGUUGAAGUCUCUUAGACAUAAUUCAGUAAGUGAUUCGGCACGUUCUUCCGCUCCACCUCCUGCUCCCCCUCGAACUCGUCCACCGUCAAAACCACGUACAACCGAUACCAAGAAAAGCCGCCUGUCAGUAUAUGAUGACAAUGAAUGUGAGGAUAAUUUGGAAGGGAAUGACAACGUACAAUCAGAAGGUGCUGAAGAGAGUUGCCGAACAAUCCUUGUUACCGGAUUAUCUUUGGACGUUACUAAAGACGCACUUGAGCUUUAUUUUGAAAACAAGAAAAAGACUGGCGGGGGUGAAAUAGUUAGUGCAGUUAUGAAUGAGAAAAAGACGGAAGUUAUAAUAGAGUUUAAGGAUUAUGAAGAUGCUAAGGAAGUUAUUAAACGAGCUCACAAUGGUCAACGAUUUAUUUUAUGUGACUGUCAACUGCAUGUUUCUGAAUAUCACCCACCACCUGUAGAUCCCUUCAAAGUUUAUAUAACAGGAAUCGCAGCUACAACUACCAAUGAAUGCAUCACAAACUUUAUAGCUGCACUAAUGAAUUUAGAGCCAUUGUCUAUAAUACACGGGGAAACACCUGGAACAGCCCUCGUUACCUUCGGGUCAACUAUAGAUGUAGCAAAGUUGAGAGAAGUAUGUGAAAGACGCAAAUGUGAAGGAAAAUAUUGGAAGAUCUUUGAUGUUGAAGUUGUUCGCAGUAUAAAAGUUGAAGGACUCAGUGAUAAGACUUCAACAGAUACGUUGAGUCUUUAUUUUGAAAAUACAAGACGAAGUCAAGGCGGCGAGGUAGAAUCAGUGCAAUUUCGUGAAAAUCAUGAUGAUUUUAUUGUGACCUUUAAACAUUCUGAAGAUGCGGAGCGUGUGUGUAAUACUAAUCAUAAGGUUAAUGGUGAAACGAUUUCGGUCUCUCUUUUCUAUUCAUGUCUUGAGUUGGAUGAAGAUUUCAUUGUAAAAAUUCCACCGCCAAUUCAGCUGGAUGACGAAGAUGACUAUAUUGUCAAAUUCAUCUUCAAUUCAGAGCUGUAUCGUGCACGUCUAGAGAGUAAGAUUAAAGAAAACUACGGUGAGAUUGUUUGGCCCCCUGCAGAUAAUGUUGGCAACAUGAGUGUUCAGAUAAACUGUAAUGUCCACGAGAAAGACACCAAGGGACACGCUAAAGUGAAAAACUGGACAGAGACAUGUUUAUCGGUUGUAAAAGAGAUAACAAAUGGUUUAAUUGUUGAAAGAAGUACAAAUGUAGCUGUAGAGGUUUGGAGUGAGCUUAAAAGACGAUUAAUGGAAAUCGAAGUGUCUCAUCCUGAAUCCAUUGCAGUUUUUCUAGAAGGCAGCAAUUGUGUUAUUGUUAUGGUUGGUGAAAAACAAGUUGUCCAAACAAUUGCAUAUAAUGUCCAAGAAAUCAUAAAUGAGAUCGAAAAGAAAAUACACAGUGAGAAUCAAACAGUUACAAAAAGAAGAAAGUUUAUGACGUAUGAACUGGCCUUAUUUAGGGCGUCAAGGCUUGAAGCAUCCUUGAAGAAAAUGCUUCAAGAAGUAGAAAUUGACAAUGAUAAAAAGGAAAUUUCGUUAAAGGGCAGUCAGAAAAAUGUUGACAAUGCAUUGGAAAAGGUUGAUAAAACGCUGAAAUCCUUUGUUAAAAGACCAGUACCAGGAAUAUCGAGACAAAUGAUAAAUUUACUUUUCAAGAGGGAAGCUAGACUCUUAGUGAAGAAGAAAAUGAUUGAGAAGAAGGUAAUGGGCGUCUGGGACGUAAUAAAAGGAACCAACCUUAUUAUGUAUAGCAAGAAUGAAAAAGAUUUAGAUGUUGCUAUAGAAAUUCUACAAUCGUCAAUAAUCAUGGAUACCAUAAUGCUGGACGAUGAAAAAAGUAAUAUUCUCAAUAGCACUGUAGGCAAGACAAAGGUAGCAGAGUUUGAAGAGAACUAUCAAGGUUGUAUUUUGUUUGAAAUUGCACCGGGAGAAAUGCGUUUUGUCUGCGUUUCGGACAUUCAUCAAGAAAUUAAGGAUGAGUUUACAAAACUAUUCGAUCUGCACUCUGUCAUUUCAAAAUUUAUUCCUACCAAAUCGGGAAUAUUUAGCUAUAUCAUUACACACAAUAAGCGCGAUAUUGAAGGUAUUGAACGACAAUACCAACGCUUAUCUGUGGCGAUAGAAGUUAAAGACAGUAGACGAAACCCUGGUUUUGUUGUGAAGGGCAAAAAGGAUGGUUGCAAGCUUGCUAUAGACAAAUUACAGCAUUUAAUAGAUUCUGUUGUAUGCAAAGACCAUAUUAUUUCAUGGCCGGGUUUCGACACGUUCAUUCUAAGCAGCGAAGGAAGGAGGAGCAUACAAUCAAUUGAAGUAAAUGAGAAAUGUGUUAUCAAAGUUUCAUCUGAGGUUUUGAGCUCAGGAUUAGAAAGCACCAUUCACACUGCCGUAGCUUCUAAAGAGCCCAAGGAGCGGACAAGCACAGCUGGAAAAAUAAUAAAAGCAGUUAAGAUUGGAACUUUAGCUUCUGAACAGGUUGACGUUAUCGUAAACUCAACAAACCGUAAUCUUGAUAUGAAUGUUGGCGCAAUAUCUCGUACUUUGUUGAAAGCUGGGGGUGAUAUCAUCGAGAGAGAAUGCAAGAAGAAUUAUGUGGACGGUAUCAAGCCGGGAGAGGUAGCAGUUACAACUGCUGGAGCCUUGUCUUGCAAUGAACUUUACCAUGGACUUCUUGUUAGAUGGGACGGUGGCCAGGGUCUUGCAGAAAAGGUAAUGGUCCAUUUUAUAAAGUGUUGCCUUACUCUUGCAAGUGCAUCAAAGCAUACAUCAAUAGCAUUCCCGGCGUUAGGAACUGGUGCAAUGGGGUUCCCUGCCGAUACUGUUGCACAGAUCAUGUUUGAAACUGUGGAUGCAUUUGAAGCUAAAAAUCCUGACACAAGUUUAAGAACAGUGCGUUUUGUAGUAUGGUCAGAAGACAAAGCUACAGCCAGGGCUUUUAAAGAUAUGGAAGCUAAAGCAGGUUUUCAACGAUCAAGCGAAAGUGGAAUAAGACGUAGUUACCUCCAAUCGGAAGCGGCCAAUAAUCUUAUCGUUAAAAAUAAAGGUUAUAGCACAACCAUUGGACCUGUGUCGUUAAGCAUUGUUAAAGAUGAUUUGACAACAUUUACAUCUGGGGCAAUAGUAAACAGCACCAUGGAGGAUUUAAAUUUAAACAGUGGCGCCAUCUCGCGGGCUAUUUUAGGUGCUGCAGGAUCAACAAUUCAAAAUGAAGCCCUGCUGAGAAAGCAACAUUUUAUGAGGGACGGUUUUGUUGUCACCAGCCCAGGGCGAUUACUUUGUUCAAAUAUAAUACAUGUUAAAGCUAGAAACAGUUUAGCUGGAUGGGCAGAGAGUAUAAAGAAAUGUUUGAUGGAAACUGAACGCUUGGGUUUGAAUUCGAUUGCUUUCCCUGCUCUUGGAACAGGUGGAAAAGGGAUAUCAGCAGACCGCAUGGCAAAAACUAUGAUAGAUGCUUUCCAAGAUUAUAUCAAGUCUUCAGACUUUAAAAAAUGUCUUAAAACAAUUCGUAUUGUGAUUUUUGAAGAAAGGAUGCUAGAAACAUUUAUUUUCGAAACCAAGGCAGAGCUGGAUACAGAAAAGCCGGCAAAAUGGAGGAGCUAUUUACCUGAUUGGAAAUUUUGGGAUAAGAAAACCCCUGAGGCUGAGAACAUCCCUAAAGUUACUAUGCAUAUCUAUUGCGGAUCUAAGUAUUUGGUCGAUUUGGUUGUCAAGAAAGUUGAAGAAAUCCGACAGGAAAAGAACGUUUUUGUUCCAACAAUAUUUCUCGAACAUAUGGAUGACAAACUAAAAUCUGACUUGAGACGUAUUGGACAAUCCCUUGGAGUAAAAGUUGUUAUAGAUAAAUCUCGGGUGAAAGUCAUGGGAUAUGGCCAGUCUGUUGCAAACGCCAACAAAAAGUUAGAAGAAUAUGUUAAUAAGAUAGCAGAUGAUUUGAGGAAAGGAAGUGUUGCAUCUUCAGUGAAGCUGCCAAAGAUCUGGUCAAAGAUGAAGCUCAGCGAUCCUACGAUCUUUGAAGUAUUGAGACCUUCUGCCAGUGAUUACAUAGUAGUGAAAAACAAAUUUCUGAUUGAAACUGGCUAUUUAACGACAUGUAUCGUCAAGAUUGAACGAAUACAAAACCCUACACUGUUUAUGCAAUAUGCCGGAAAGAAAAAGCAAAUGGAAAUACUAAACAAAGGAGGAAGGAAUGUAGAGCAGAUGUUAUGGCACGGGACAAAGGUUACAGCUGUCGAUAAUAUUAAGAACAAAGGCUUUGAUAGGAACUAUAAUUCAGGAUCAUCACAUGGUGUAGGUGUGUAUUUUGCUAUGAAAGCCUCUACAUCUGCUAGUGGUUAUUGCAGUCCAGACCAAUAUGGUCACAAACAUAUUUUCUUGGCACACGUCUUGACAGGUGAAUAUUGUGUUGGCAGGGGAGCUAUCAGAGUACCUCCCACAAAUCCUGCGUUAUCGUCGGGCACUUUUGACUCUACAACAGACAAUGUACAGGCUCCAAACUUCUUUGUUAUUUUCCAUGAUGCCCUGGCAUAUCCAUCCUACUUGAUAACAUUUAAGUAAAUUAAUGAUACACUUAAGUUAUGGAAGCAGUUUUCUUUUGUACGAUGCUUAUUAUUUUCCUCUGCCAAUUCAAACGCCGAUCUAAAAAUAAAUAUGCAUUUUAAUUAAAUCGAACAGAAUUAUGUUCCUCAUAAUUCAAUCUGGUUUCAACUGAGAAAGUUUUCAUUGAAACUGUUUGCUGUGUAUCAAAUUUAUAUAGAUUUUGUACAUAGAUUGUAUAUGCACAUGGAUAUCUUUACUGGGUUAUGAGUUAAAAAUAUAUAUAGCCGCCAAAAUUUCAUUGUUUGCAAAGAAACAUGUAUUUUAUUUAUAUUGUUGGAACUUUCAAUGUAUGUCAUAUUUCUUUUUCAAUUAUUUCUUUCCUUUGUAUCAGUAUAAUUUGUUAUUGAUAAAUGACUCUGUGAUUAUUAAGGUUGUAUUGUAAAUUAAAAUGACCUGGCAAUGUUAGUCAGAAUUGUAAUUGAACACUGCAUUACUUGGUCAAAUAUUUGCUGUAAAAUAUACAACGUUGGACAACACUUUUAAAUAACUUAAAUUAAUAUGCUUAAUGAGAGUGCAAUUUUUUUUUAUAAGUCUUUUGUGCUAAAUUGUCUAUGAUAUAUAUUGGACAGUCUUAAGACUCUUCUUGUGAUUUAUAUAAUGUAAGUUAAUCCGUAUAUAGCGUGUGUGAGUUGUGUUGAUAUACUUUCAUAAUGCCUUGUUUAAAGCAGCAUGAAAAGUUUGAAAAUGUAUUUCUAGGUAAAAUGCUGUAAAGUGAACAAAGAAAAUAAUAUACAUAUUGCAAAUGCAAACUACACUUAAAAUUCAAGUAAAUUACGCAAAAAAGAGGUCAAAAUAUAUACAUUUGUACAAAAUUUGCCCUUACUAUGAUAGACAUGCAGUAUAAAUAAUAUGAUGAACACUAAAAAAGCAGUUUUUAAUCACACAUAACAUGCAUUUUUUUACUUGAAUAUUCGACCUUUUCACUUUUCAAAAAUCUUUGUACAUUUUUCAUCUGGAGGCAUGCAGCUUUAAUUUAUAUUUGUUAGUUUAACCAUGAGUCAGUAUUUAUAGAUACUACAAUAGUGAGUUAUCAUUAAGAGCUAUUAUAAGUAGCCACAAUCUGACAAUAAGGAAAAGACGUGAUAAGAAGCCUGCUAUCUCCAAUUCAUGGAAUGAAUGACUACGCUUUGAGCUAAAGCUGCUGGUUUUAAAACUUACCGUAUUACAUUUAAACACUAACCGUGUUAAAACCAAUAAUUAUAAUAUCGUUAGUAAGGUACAAAAUGACAUGUUUGAAGAGGGCAAUUUUUGCAUUCAGUUUUUUGCAAACAGAAUCUAUUUGAUAAUGCCAGUUUUAUCUACAUAAAUGCCCAAUAACUUUUGAAAUGUAACAUUUUCUAGAGUUGUAUCAGGAGAGGAUUACAUUUCUCCACCUUUUUUGAAGAACCAAUUAUCAUGCAAGGACAUAUUAACAAGGAUGCACCAAUCAUUAAUAGCAGUUAAAUUUUUUUUUGUAAAUUAUCUUCUAUUUCUAGUCACCGGAUUGGUAAAGUGUAGAGUCAUCUGCAUACAAGUCUAUAAUAAGAUCAUUACAGGGUAUAAAUAUAUCAUUGAUAUAAAUAAAAAAUAGUAAGGGCCCAAGAUAGGAUCCUUAAGGAAUUCCUGAUUUCACCACUAAAGUGUCAAAUUUUAUAUUACCUACUUGAACUGUCUGUUUUCUGUUUGAUAAAUAGAAACAAAAAAGUUUUUUUCAGAAAAAUGAUAUAAUUUCAGUUUGUGCAUCAAAACGUCAUGAUCGACAAGAUUAAAUCAAAGAAAAUUGCACCUAUCAUUUUACCAUUAUCAAUAUCUUUGAUCCAAGCAUCAACUAAUCUAAGUAAUUCUGUAUUACAAGAAUGAUUGUCUGUCAUGUAUAAUUUUUGUAUUUUGAAAAAAUGCCUGAAGAUGUGACGCUAUAUACUGCAAUAUAUUGUUCAAAUGUUUUUGAAAUGUUGGGUAGAAUUGAAAUUGGGCGAUAAAAUUU